AUGAGAAACAAGAACGGCAAAAGAGCCAGAGUGGAGCCAUUGGGGAGAACGGCAGAGUCGGUGGUUGCUAAUAAAAGGUUUGGAGGAGGAUCGCCUCCGAGCAGCACAUUAUCAUCGGCUAGCUCGUGCCUAUCGACCACGGAGGAAAUGAAGGAAGAGGUUGCCUCGUCGUGGAUUGAGGAACCGCCUGUAAUGGUGGUGGUGGGAUGUCGUAGAUGUUUUAUGUAUGUUUUGGUCUCACUAGCAAGGAUUUGUUGCCCUAAGUGCAAAUGCAAUGAUUUGAUCAUGUUUUAG